GACCGGGCCCCGGCGCCGGCGCCGGCGGGAGAGGCGCCCGGGGCCGGCGCAGCCGUUUCCCUCCAGGGGACCUCCUCCAGGCGGCCCCGGGGGACGGGAGGCAGGGGUCCCAGCCCAGGGUCCCCGGGUCUCCGGAGCUGCUCUCUCCACACCCCGACUCCGGGAACCAGCUCGGGGCGCAGGCGGGGUGUGCGCUGCUUUCUGCGGCUCCGGCGGGGGCACGUGGGCCCAGGGGACCCUGAGGCCUGGAGGGGGAUCCGGACGCAGACGUUUGGGGGAGCCCGACAGCCCGGGAUUCACCAACGGCCACCACAAAGCUUAAAACCCACGAGGAGGCCCUGGAGCCCGCGAUCUCUGGGACCCGCGCUUCGCGUCCGGCAAGCUGUGCCGCGCGCUUCGGCGCGAGAGGCAGGGGCAACCGCGGCCGGUGGUUGCGGGAACAAUUCGGGAAGUCCCUGCCCGGCAGUGAUCGGCGGUGACUGCAGGGAGGUAGCCACGGCGGCCCUCGCCAAAGCAAGCAGAUUAUCGGAGCCCUUUCAGAGCGCGCACAACAAAUGCGGCCGCCCUGGAAAGCAGCAUUUACCGGCGCAGAUCCGCGCGCUGAUGGGCAGGCAGAUAGCGUCCGCGGGGGGCGCCGUGUGCGCCGGGCCACCGAGCGCCCCCCCAGUGCCCUGCGUGCGUGGAGGGACACGUGGGCGUGGACAUGCAGCAAACCACUAUGCAGUGUGCGUGCAACUGUGCCAAGCAAGUGUGCGGCCCGAAGCACCGGUGUGCACGCUCGUGGCAAGCCUAGGCGCGGAGUGUCCGGCCACCGCCGCGGAGCGCGCACCGUGCACGCAGGUGCCGCAUGCGGGCGCGGGGCCGGCGGGACGCUCGGAGAGGGAAGAGUGGGUGUGCACGCCCAGUGUGGCGGGUGGUCACGCUGAGUGCCUCGACGUCCCCGCUGGAGGUGCAGUUCCGGAGCGCAAGGCAGAGAGGGUGUUCGGCGCGCGCAGGUCGCCCUCUACCGUGUGCGCCUCGCGGGCUGCAGACUUGCGAGGGUGUGCGCGUCCGUACCCGCUACCUGGGCGAGCGCCUCGCGUGUCUUUGGGGUGUGCGCGGCCCCACGGGGGGACCGCCCUCGGGCAGCUUUCUGCCCAGGGGAAGCUAGGGGCGCAGCAAGCUGCGGGUGUAGACCCUGCAUCGUGGGGAAGAGACAGAUCUGUGUGUGCGGGUGUGAUGGACGCCAAGCAGCUGGGCGGAUUGCACCGCGUGCCAGGAGCGUUUGCGAUGGGAGAGUGUACCGGGAUGGAGCCUAGAGGGGUGGCCCGAGGAGUUUGGGGACGCCCGGGGUUCCUGGCCCAAGGCCUCUCCGCCGCUCUCCAGAGCUGGGCCAGCAGACCCAAACCCCGCCGCCCGGGUCCCUGAGCAGUGAAUGGCACGCGUCGCCGACAAAGGCUGUAUUUUUCCAGACUUGCGCCCCGCCCGUGCGCGCGAUGGUCCCCAUGGCGACGCAGAUAGCGCCGCAGCCAUUUUCCUAUCUGCCGGAGUCUAUUAUACGGCGGGAUUAGCUCAUCUCCAGGCAGGUCAAACCCAAAGUCACACAACCUGCGGCGCUGGCCCCGCCCCCGCCCGCCCCUCCCCCUCUCGGGUCCAGCGGCGGCCCGGCGACCCCGGCCCACGGCCCGUGCGCAGGCGCAGAGCGCCACCUGGCGGCCGCUGGGGCCCGGAGACUUCCCUCUCCGACGGCAGAGGUGGGCUGGGCAGGGUCCCUUCCUCCAAAAGGUGGAAGCAAGCAGGUGCUUGGUUUUGUCCCUGGCAGGUACCCAGAACCAGGCUGGCACACAGGGGGUGCCCCAUCAAUGUUUGUGGGAAGGACGGAUGGACAGGAAAUUAUAGACAGGGCCCGACUGCCAAAGGUCACGGCAUAAACUGGCAGCAGAAAACUAUUCGUGUGCAUGGAAGUCAAACUCCCUGGGAACCUGUGCAGGAGCCUCGCAGACCUCUAGGCCUCGCUGCUGCUUCCUACCCCAGCGACCAUCAGUUCUUCCCGUAGGUCAGGACGGCCCACCCUUUCUCUGCGACACCCUGGGAAUUCUGCCUGUCACGCGUGUACCCCCGCCUCCACCCGUGAUAAAGUUGCUGUCCUCUGCCCUGCC